CGAGCUGAGCAGAGCUGAGCCGAGCUGAGCCCGGCGGAGCCGAGCCCAGCAGACCCGAGCCCAGCCCAGCCCAGCGCAGCGGAGCGCAGCGCAGCGAAGCCGCUCGGGGGGAGCGCACGGCGCGGCACGGCGCGGCUCGGCACGCAACAUGAGGGCGGUGAGGUUUCGGGUGCUGCUCGCCCUGCCGGUGGUGUUCUUGCUGCUGGUGGUAGUGUCCGGUGACUUCUGUGAUGUGAACCAUUGUCAGAAUGGGGGCACCUGCCUGACUGGGAUUAAUGAAGCUCCCUUCUUCUGCAUCUGUCCAGAGGGCUAUGUUGGGAUUGACUGCAAUGAGACAGAGAAAGGGCCCUGCCACCCCAAUCCUUGCCACAACAAUGGUGAGUGCCAGCUGGUCCCAAACCGGGGUGAUGUCUUCACUGACUACAUCUGCAAGUGCCCUGCGGGGUACGAUGGGGUGCACUGCCAGAACAACAAGAACGAAUGCUCCUCCAAACCUUGCAAAAAUGGAGGCACCUGCCUGGACCUGGAUGGUGACUACACCUGCAAGUGUCCUUCUCCAUUCUUGGGGAAGACCUGCCACGUUCGCUGUGCUGUUCUCCUGGGCAUGGAAGGAGGAGCCAUCUCUGACGCCCAGCUCUCAGCAUCCUCCGUCUAUUACGGCUUCCUUGGCCUCCAGCGCUGGGGACCAGAGCUCGCCCGCCUCAACAACCACGGCAUCGUCAAUGCCUGGACCUCCAGCAACUACGACAAGAACCCCUGGAUCCAGGUGAACCUGCUGCGGAAGAUGCGGCUGAGCGGGAUCAUCACGCAGGGCGCGCGCCGCGUGGGGCAGCAGGAGUUUGUCCGCGCCUACAAAGUCGCCUACAGCCUGGACGGGCGGGAGUUCACCUUCUUCAAGGAUGAGAAACUGAAUCUAGACAAGGUUUUUGAGGGGAACACGGACUAUGGCACCAUGCAGACCAACAUGUUCAACCCUCCCAUCACGGCGCAGUUCCUGCGCAUCUACCCCGUGAUGUGCCGCCGUGCCUGCACGCUGCGCUUCGAGCUCAUCGGCUGCGAGAUGAACGUGUAUUUCAACACGGCAGGUUGCUCGGAGCCUCUGGGCAUGAAAUCCCGCCUCAUCUCCGACCAGCAGAUCACAGCCUCCAGUGUCUUCAAGACCUGGGGCAUCGAUGCCUUUACCUGGCACCCCCAUUAUGCUCGCCUGGACAUGACAGGCAAAACCAACGCCUGGACAGCCCAGCACAACGACCAGUCCGAGUGGCUGCAGAUUGACCUCCGGGACCAGAAGAAGGUGACAGGCAUCAUCACACAAGGAGCCCGUGACUUUGGGCACAUCCAGUAUGUGGCAGCCUACAAGGUGGCCUACAGUGACAACGGCACGUCCUGGACCCUGUACCGGGAUGCGCAGACCAACAGCACCAAGAUCUUCCAUGGCAACAGUGACAACUACUCGCACAAGAAGAACGUGUUCGAUGUGCCCUUCUACGCCCGCUACGUGCGCAUCCUGCCCGUGGCCUGGAACAACCGCAUCACCCUGCGCGUGGAGCUGCUGGGCUGCGAUGAGUAGGCGCGGCAAGGAGGACGGGGCUGCUCUUCCCCGCUGCCCAGCCUGCAUCCUGCCUGCCCUGCCCGCUCCUGCUCUGCCCUCACACCCCCUCUCCGUGUCCCCACACUCAGGAGGGCCAAGAGGGCUCCCCUGCCCUCAGUGCUGGGGCUGCAGCACUGCAUUUUACGGGGCCCUUGAGUGGGAUGUGGGGACGGCUCCUGCCCUCUUGCUGUUCCAGCCAGGGCUGAGACUCCCUCCUGCAGCUUUCCUGGGGACACUAUCCUGCAAAUGAGGCCUUGCUGGGGGACUCUGUCCUGCAAUCAGGGCUUGGCUUUAUCUUCUCUGCUAAGCCUGGGGACAAAUUUUCUCCUUGCUUCUGCUUCCAGCAGAGAGGCUGCAGCCAGUGGCAGUCCCUUGCCUGAGCUGUGUCUUGGAGCAGUUUUCAGGGUCUUAGGGCAGGCUCCCCUGGCUUGCAGCCUCCUAUGUCCCUCCUGCUCCCUGCUUGUCUGCAAGCAGGGGCUGUGAAAAUCCUCUGAAAAAACUCAGCUGUUGUCCCCUGCCCGUUUUGCCAGGCCCUGAGUCUCCUGCUGCGAUGUCAGCACCACAUAGUGUGAGUAGAGUGAUGAGAUGGCUCCUGUCAAGAGGCACAGAUCCCCACUGGUGGUGGCUCUACCUGCUGGGCACUCUGGCAGGCACCACAGCGAGCAUUUUGGCAGGCACUGCCCAUUCCCCUUCCUGGGAUGCCAGCUCCAGCAGCCUCCCAAGUCUCAACCUUGCCAUCAUCUCUAGCUUACUGCAGUUUGGGGUGCUUUGCUGUCCCUUGUCCUCAGAGCCCAGUGGUGACCAGGGUGCCUAUGAUCUGAUAGUGGGGAGAGUUGGUUUGUAGCCACAAGGAUGUGGAGAAAAGAUGAGAAAGGUGGUAGUUAAACCACCUGAAUGCAGUGGGCAGAGAGCCGUGCCAUCACCCUUUUUGCAGCCUGAUUUUUUCCAUUUACAUGGAGUGGAGGGGAGCCUCUUGCAAUGCUGUAGCCCCCGGGAUUAGCAGUAGGAGAUGAGUGAGUCCCAGGUGGGAGCACAGGCAGGCUGUCCUGGGCUGGCAGUGAUGCUUCCCCUGCCUGCUGGGAUGUGAAGCAGCCGUGGGGCUGGGCUGGCAGUGGGUUCACUUUGGCAAGGGCUGAGGGAACCCGAGUGGGAUGGCAGUGAUGGCCCCACUCUGGGGUGUCUCUGACAGUAUUAAAACCAGCUGAAACUUUG